AUGCAGCGUCAAAUAUAUCGGCCGGCCGCCGAUAUAUUUAACGCAAGAUAUCUCUUGUGCCAAUAUAUUUGGAUAACCGAUUCAAAUAAGAAAGAUUUGAAAGAGUUCUUUGGAAAGUACCUUACUUUCUGCGAAGAAAACAGCCUUGAUUCAGAAAUUGUCAGGUGGAAACGAAAAUUCGCCGAUGUUCCUCUCAAGCAGAAGCCUAAAACUGCAUGCGACGCAGCAGCGAAAUGUGAUGCUACAUUUUAUCCAGUGAUUAAGUGGACUGGCAAUACUCAUGAUUCAUCGAGACAGCCUGU